UUGAUACCCGAAGAUAUGCACGCCAACGUUAAAGUGGACCACGGCACCCCUUUAAUCCGGGCCUGGACACAAGCAUUCCCGUCCUAUAGACCGAUCCCCGUCUCGGCGCCGCGGCGGCGAAAGUGCACGGAUAUUCGGAUCCCACUGUGCCACGGAUCCACGUUCAGGUCAGGUCUACGCUUCAAUAUGUCUCACGAUCUACCUACGUACAGCGCUCUUAAUCAGGAUCCGGUAUCUGUACCGAUGGAGCAGUAUGGCCAAGGACCACGCAUCAUGCCACCGAGCAGCAGACCCUGCUGCACCUCACGUCGGACCUUAGUAAUAAUAGCCGUAAUAAUUCUGACGGUGUUGUACUUGGUGGUUAUUGGAUUCUUCGUUAUAGCGCCACUCCUUACUGUGGCCGCAAUCGUAGCCUCGAGUGAGAAGGAUUACGAAUUCCAUAAUUGAAUUUUUUUUUAUCCUAACCAUUCUACGUGUGUGUUGAGUGGUACGCGCGUAAACGUUUGUACGUGUGAUACGAAUGGAUUGCAUUACGCUAAUUUUGUUUAAGUCUUAUGUAUGUAACAAGUAAAUGUAAGUCAUUGUGAAUCCGAAUGUUGAGCCUUAUACCUGAAUCCAAAAACGGUAAAUAUUUAUCAUGAUAAGUAUGUACAGCCAACGUUGACUACUG